AUGUGUCUUCUGUCUUUCGGAUUCAUUCAUGAGAGUAUUCGUCAACUCAUCUGUCGUAACUAUGGAGAAGAGACUUGGAUUCAAGUUCUGGAGAAGGCUGGAUUCGAGAACGGAAAAGAGAAUAUUGUGAAUCAUUACUACUCGGAUACAGACACUUAUGUUCUGGUGGAUAGUGUCUCUCUUGUUAUAAAAGUGACGAAAGACCAGGUCUGGGAGAUGUACGGCGGCUUCUUGAUUACAUAUUCCAUGGAAAUUGGAUGGGAUGAAUUAGUCCGGAGCAUGAGUCCAAACCUGAAAGGGUUUCUGGAUAGUCUUGAUAGUCUCCACUACUUUAUUGAUCAUGUGGUAUACAAGGCUAACCUACGUGGACCGUCAUUCAGGUGUGAGGAAAACUCGGACGGUGAUCUCCUUCUGCAUUAUUUCACUGGCCGCCCUGGUUUGUAUCCAAUUGUAAAAGGAGUGGUGAGAGAGGUGGCUAAACGAGUUUUCGAUUUGGAUAUCAACUUGGUAGUGCAAGGAAGAACUCAGAGAAGUGUGCACAUGAAUAAUGGAGAGAGAGUGGAGGAGCAUGUGGUGUUUUUGAUUAAGAACGUCGGAGAGAACCGCCGAGAUUCAGAUGGCUCUCAUGCCGGCCUGCUCGCUUCCUCUAACCCGAACUUUCCGGAAAUUUUGGAUGACACUCUCCAAAUGUCACUUGACGACUUUUCCAAAGCUCUCCCUUAUCACUUUGUGAUUGAUGAGUCUUGCAAACUGGUUCAAUGCGGUAGUGAGCUACACAAUCAUAUCCCCAAUGAGCUCCUUCAACCUGGGACUCCAAUCCUCCGUAUCUUUGAAAUCAAUCGCCCUCAAAUCCCAUUGGAUUUUGAAAAUAUUUGCAACUUUAUCAAUGCGGUAUUUGUCCUCCAAGUCAAAACGUCUCCAUUGAAGAAGAAAUUAAUGGAUGCAAUGAGCCAGGAGGAGCUUAAACAGGAAGUGGAAGCGUUAGAAGAGGAGGAGGACAAAUCAAACGAGCUAACACAGGGACACCAUCUUAAACUGAAAGGGCAGAUGAUGCUACUAUCCUCCAAGAAACAUAUCAUCUACCUGUGCUCUCCAUACGUGACAUCUAUAAAUGAGUUGAUGCAGUAUGGGAUGAGACUGACCGCCAUGCCUCUUCAUGAUGCUACACGGGAUUUGAUUCUUCUCAACCAGCAAAGAUUGACGGAUGUGGAAGUGAACCUCCAACUAGAAGCUAACAAUGAGCAGCUUGAAACCAUGACCAGGGAAUUGGAGCAAGAGCGUCUGAAGACUGAUUCAAUUCUGAAAGAUAUGCUUCCAAAACGUAUUGCUCAACAGUUGCUCAGUGGAGAACAUAUUGAAGCUGCAGAGCAUGACGCUACGGUGAUGUUCUGUGAUCUACCAACUUUCCAACAAACCAUACCUCAAUGUUCUCCUAAGGACAUCGUUCGAAUUCUCAAUGAGAUUUUUAAAAAAUUGGAUCGUAUUAUUGUGAUCCGAGGGGUCUUCAAAGUGGAGACAGUCUCCGACAGCUAUAUGGCAGUGUCGGGGAUUACUGAGUUCACUCCGGAGCACGCUGAAAAUAUGUGUCACGUGGCAUUAGGGAUGAUGUGGGAAGCAAGAAGUGUGGUGGACCCUGUUUCGAAGAAUCCAUUCCUUCUGAGAAUUGGCCUGCACUCUGGAAAGAUUGUCGCUGGAGUUGUUGGAACAAAGUCGCCAAAAUAUUGUCUAUUCGGGGAGACUGUCACGCUGGCGUCUCAAAUGGAAUCUCAAGGAAUGGCUGGAAAGAUUCAAUGCAGCAAAUGGACAUACGAGAAGGCGAUGGAAACUGGACGAUUUGAGUUUAGUCCCCGCGGGAGGAUUAAUGUAAAGGAUAGAGGGCAGACAGAGACGUAUUUCUUGACGAGAAGUUUGAAGAAAAGUAUUUGGGAGAUUGUGGAUCAUGAGAGAGAUGUGAACGUUAAUAGUAUCGAAGGAUACGAAGAAUUGGAGACGUCGAUUGAAAAUGCGAUCACGGUGAAGGCGAAUAAUCUACGUCCCGGACAUCUCAACUCGGCAGCUUGCUCUAUUUCUUGA